AUGGCAUCUCUACCACCAUUGGCAGCUUUAUUCCUGACCCACUUUGACGAUAUCAAAGGCCAGUCCGUAGUAUUCUACGCGUCUUUACCUAAUUUGCCAGCAGAGACUAUCGAGCAUACCACUCUUCCUUCGGGUCUACAUGUACUAGAGUCUGAUUUGGUACUAUUUGAGCAUCACGAUUUACCGGGUGCAGGAUUAUUCCGGAGUCGGUUGAGCGAUGAAGGUACGCGUGGAAGAAGGAUGGGUACAUUGGGUGUCGUACUUGCCAGCCCUUCUGUACCAGCUGAACUCUUUGCAUUACAUGAUCCUCUUUCUUCCCUGUUUGACCAAUUGGAACAACUCGAAUCAUCACCCUUUGCUCCUUCCACUUCUUCCAAACCUUCUAGCGCCGUUUCGCUUCUCGCCAAAGUAUGGCACGACAAUCGUGCAGACGCGCCUGAUACGUCUACCACUGUGGUCAAGAGGACUGGAAAAGAACCUGUAAGAGGAGUGAGACAAUUGAUCAAUGGAACUGCAAGUCUACCGGUCGAACAUCCCAUCGCCUACAUGCCAACUCUGUUAGGAGUCUUAGGUCCAUCGAUAGUUCCUGUUUACAAAGCCGCUCUUUCCGGACAGAGGAUACUGCUGUACUCUACUCCCCCACUUCUACCUUUAGCAGCUUUCGCAUGGUGCAUAUGGGCGAUGUCUAUCUCCUCUGCCACAACACCGGUUGCACGGCCGUCCCAAUGGCUAGGCAAUGUGGGUCUCAUGGAUCUCACAGAUGUGAAAAAUCGAAAAGGUGGAUGGAUAGCUACCACGUCGGACGCGAUCUACAAAUCUCAUCAUACUGUCUAUGAUGUCUUUAUUGAUCUUUCCUCGAUUCCUAUAUCUCCAACAUCGGAUGUGGAGAAUGCACCUUCAACUCCGACCCCACAUAUUGUUUCUACGUAUCAUCAACCCAACAGCACACCUGUACCCAUUUCAUAUUCCUUCUCAGAUCUGCCUCUAUACAGAUCCUUGCUCCUGCUCACUUCAUCACCGCCUACAGUCCACGCGGGAAUGAGCAAGACUGGCGGUUGGUGGCUUCUGGCUUUCGAGCUUCUCGAACAAGCCUGGAAACUUUGUGUAGGAGUUUGCCAAUUCGCCGUCGGAAAAGGGAGAGUCGGCGAGGAAGGGCAGUUCAGACUCGACGAAGGCGAAGAGGACGCUAGCUUACUUGGUAGUGAAGACGAUUUCGGUCCUGAAACCGUUGAGGAACAAGAUCAAAUCGAUGAACAUCAAGAAGAUGAAGCUAUAAGAAGAGGAAAGUUGAUUUUGAGACAAUUACACCAUAACACCUAUCAUCUGGAUGCGAAAUUGCGAAGUGUUCUUGGCUCCCGACCUCGGGGUGAUGCAUUCCGAACCGCAAGUCUCAACGUCGCAGAAAUCAGAGAGUUGGUUGGCCGUAAGUGGCAUCUGGGUGGUCCAGAAGGUGAAGAUCAGUUCUGGUUGGAUGUUUCAGGCAAAUGGGGGAUGACUAUAGAUCCAAACACAGACUAG